CGUGGGUGAGCCGUCGCUCUAGAGGCGCCACCGGGCCUUGUCAUGUGACCGAGGUUCCUGCUUCGUACUAGGAUGGAGCCGGAAGAGGGGACGCCCUUGUGGCAGCUGCAGAAAAUUCCAGCCGAGCUGGGCCCGCAGCUUCUUCACAAAAUAAUUGAUGGCAUUUGUGGCCGAGCUUAUCCUCUCCACCAGGAUUAUCACAGUGUUUGGGAUUCAACAGAAUGGAAGAAUGUUCUAGAAGAUAUUACCAAAUUUUUCAAAGCUGUAGUUGGUAAAAAUUUAUCUGAUGAAGAGAUAUUUCAGCAGUUGAAUCAGUUGAAUUCAUUUCAUCAACAAGCUGUCAUGAAAUGCUUGAAAAGUAGGAAAGAUGAAAUCAAGCAGGCUCUGUUAGAAGAAAUAGUUGAUAUUUCUUCUGCACAGCUACAGGAUUUUGAUUGGCAGUUAAAGCUUGCACUGUCUAGUGACAAGAUUGCUACUUUACAAAUGCCACUUUUAAACCUUCAUCUAGACAUAAAAGAAAAUGGUGAAGUCAAACCAUAUUCUGUUGAAAUGAGUAAAGAAGAGCUGCAGAAUCUAAUAAAUUCCUUGGAAGCAGCUAAUAAGGUGGUCCUGCAGUUGAAAUAACCAACACUCUGAGAUUCUACUGCUACCCCAGAUGCGGCCAAGUGAAUACUGUGUGUUCAGAAUACCUGCGCUGUACUGACUGUUUUGCUAUGCUGAGAAAGCAGCAUGUUGGGCUUACAGAGAUGAAAAUAUACCCGCUUCCCUGCAGAACAGGAAAUGACAUGGUCGACAGGAAAUGCAUAAAAAAUGAGAGAUGAAAAAGCUCUAAUAGCAGUUUAUAUUUUCAUAAUGGCUGUUUUGCCUCAUUUAUUAAAUAUUUGAGAAACCUUUAUAGAUACACAGUUUUAUUGAAAGCUAAAAAUAAGCUCUAAAGUAAUGUAAACGUACAAAGCACAAAUCUACUUGAAUGUUGCUUAAAGGAAUAUAUGAAUAACAAGGAUGUGUUUUAUGGAUAUAUAUGAUUAAUUUGUAAUAUUUUAAAAAAUAACUUUUAAAGAAUGUAUGAGCUGCAUAUAUAACUCAGGAGAUUCCAUAUCUUUCUUCUAUUUCAAAGGAAAGAUUAUAAAAUACAAAAUUUCUUAGAGAAAGCUCCUCUUCAGACAUGAACAAGAAAAAAUAAUUAAAAUUGUGUCAACAGUUUUGAGUUUAUGAAUUCUAGAGAUUAAAAUCUUUUACUCGAGUGGGAAAAAAUGAAAGUAACACUGUUACUUCUGCACUUCUGUGUCUAAUCGGGAGGCUGUGCUUCGUUAAAAAGAAUCGAUGUCAUUGCAUAGUGUAUAUAUAGCUAUUCAGGUAUCAGCUGAGAUUAAAUAUAGGUCCAUUUUUGUUACAGACUUUUAAUAUUGAAGUUAAUAGUUUUGGGUGUUAACUUCACUGGAAAACAAACCAUUUUUAAUUUCAGUUAACUAAAAACAAGCAUUCUGAACAAAUAAAAAAUGUCAUUUUACUUUUACAUAUUGCUUUAUUUCAGAAGACUUUCUACAUAAUGCAGUGACCCGUAAUUAAUUGGUACCUGCUGUUUGCGAGCUUAAUUGCUCUUUAGAGCAUCAGACUAUUAUUUGAGGUGUUCGGAACAGUUAUUACUAUUUAUCAUCAUAGAGAUGAAGAUAGGCUUUGAGAGCUUAAAAAAAAUACCUGCUUGUGAUCUAGGCAGUGCUCCUCAAAAUGUGUCUGUAGACUAAUGCCAGUCUUCUGUGCACUGUUUGUUACAGGUCAGGGAUUAGAUGAGGAGCGCAUGCCAGAGUGUUCAUCAAUAUAUUGCUUUUCUUAUUGAGAGAUGUUGAUUAUGGAAAAAAUAUCAGCUGAACGAAACAGUGUGCUUAGGGAGGUCGUUGACUUACUCCCUGUGCAAGUUCCUUAUGUCACGGACCGGUAGCGGUUUGCAGGCGAGCACUUUAAAUAAUGCAGAUGAUCGCUGAUGUACGAUGGUUUGACUUAGGGUUUUUUGACUUCAGUGUGGUGCUAAAACAACCUGCAUUCAGUACAAACCAUACUUUGAAUUUUGAUUUUUUUUUAACAUAUUUUGUAUUUUGAUCUUUUCCUGGGCUAGCAAUAUGCAGUCCAACACUCUUUUCUGAUGUUGGGCAGCGGCAACCCCGCAGCUCCCAGGCGGCCCCGCGGUCACAAGUAAACAGCUGAUAUCCUGACAACCAUCCUUUACCCAGACAAACUUCUGUUUCUCACUUUCAGUAUAGUAUUCAGUAAAUUACAUGAGGUAUUCAACACUUCAUUUAAAAAUAGGCUUUGUGUUAGAUGAUUUUGCCCAACUGGAGGCUAGUGUAAGUGUUCCGAGCAUUUAAGGUAGAGUAGGCUAAGCUGUGAUGUUCAGUAGGUGAGGCAUAUUAAAUGCGUUUUUGACUUACAGUAUUUUCAGUUUAUGAUGGGUUUAUUGGGAUGUAAACCCAUCAUGUUGAAGAAGAUCUAUACUGAUUUAAGGUCCUUUGGAAUUUCAACCCUCCAUUUUCUUCCUUUGAUAAGCAGAAAAUCUUGCUCUACUUAUUCUUCCUCUCACCACCUUAUUUAUCACUCCAUUAGAAUAUUUAACCACUUUAUUGAAAUCUCACCGAUAUACUGUAAACCUCACAUAUUUAAAGUGUAUAAUCUGGUAAGUUUUGACAUCUGUACACCCAAGAAAGCAUCACCUCUGUCGGGAUGAUGAACAUGGCAAUCACUCCCAAAAGUUUCCUCCUAUUCCUUUGUAAUCCCUGCUCCUGUGCCCUCCCCCCAACCCCUGAUCUACUUCCUGCCACUCGUAGAUUUGUUCACACUUUUCAAGAAUUUAAUAUUAGUGGAAUCAUACAGUAUGUACCUUUUCUUUUGAUCCGGCUUCUUUCAGUAUUGAGUUCAUCUGUGUUGUUGCAUAUAGCAAUAGUUCAUUUCCUUUCUCUUUUUGAGAAGUAUUCAGUUGUAGAGUUUUACCAUAAUUUGUUUAUUCACCUGUUAAAGGAUAUUUUUGGUUGUUGAAAAUUUUUAUGGCCAUUACGUAACACAGAAUCCUGUGAACAUUCUUGUGUAAACCUUUGUAUGGACGUGUGCUUCCUUUGAGUGAAUACUUUGAAGAGUGAAAUGUUUCCAAAGUGAUUUUACCAUUUUACAUUCCAUCCCGCAGUCUGAGAGUUCCACCUUCACCUGUUUGCUAACACGUGCUUUGGUCAGUCUUAAUUUCAGCUGUUGUAAUAAGUGUGUAGUCAUAUCUCGUUGUGGUUUUAAUUAUAUUUAUUUCCCUAAUGACUGACAGUGUUCAUUGUCUUCUCAUGUGCAGUUUGCUAUCUGUAGAUCUUCUUUGGUGAAGUGUCUGUUCAGAUCCAUUGCCCAUUUCUAAAUUGGGUUGUUUUCUUACUGUUGAGUUUUGGGAGUUCUUGAUAGCCUGGAUACAAGUCUUUAUCACAUAUAUGCCUUGCAAGUGUUUUCUCCCAAUCUGUGGCUUUUUCUUCUAUAAAUGGACUUUUUUUUUUUUUUUAGAAUAAUUUUAGAUUUACAUAAAAAUUUGAACAGGUAAUUCAGAAAGAUCCCAUAUACCCCACAUUUAGAUUCCCUUAUUAUUAACAUGUACGUAUGGUACAUUUGUUAGAAUUAACAAAUGUCAAUACGUUGUUAUUAACUAAAUUCCAUAGUUUAUUCAGUUCUUUUGCCCUUAGUCUUACAGACUUCACUCAUUUCCAGGUUUACUUAGGUCAGUACCUCCCCCCCCUUCAGUGAGGUGGUUUUAUCCAUUUGUAAUGAAGUUAGAUUUUUUUAACGUAGUCUGUAUUCCUUGCUGGGAUUGCCUGACUUCCUAAAUGAUUUUUUAAAUUUGCAUAUAUUAAUUUUCACUCUGUGUUGAAUAAUUCUGUGUUUUGGCAAAAGCCUAAUGUCAUGAAUCCACUUUACAGAGUAGUUCAACACCCUAAAAAUCCCUCAUGCUUAAUCUAUUCAUCCUUCUAUCUUCCUCUGAACCCCACAAUCAGUGAGUUUUCUUAAUGUCUUUAUAGUUUUGCCUUUUCCAGAAUGUCAUGUAAUUAGGAUCAUACAGUAUGCAGUCUUUUCAGACUGGGUUCUUUCACUUAGCAAUAUGCAUUUAGGGUUCUUCCAUGUUUUCUCGUGGCUUGAUAACUCAUUUCUUUUUUAUUCUCACAUAAUAUUUCAUUGAAUAGAUGUGCCAGUUUGUUUAUCCAUUCACCUAUUGAAGGAAAUUGGUAAUGCCCAGGAGUGUGAUUGCUGGAUCAUAUUGUAUGACAAGUUUAACUUUGUAAGAAACUACCAAAUUGUUUCAAAGUGGCUGUAUCACUUUGUAUUUCUUUAUUUUUUCUUCUUUUUUUUUUUCACUUGUGGCAAAAAAACACAUAAUAUGAAAUCUCUGAACAAAUUUUUAAGUGUGUAGUACAGUAGUGUUAACUCGCUGCACAUUGUUGUACAAUAGAUCUCUAGAACUUUUUCAUCUUUUAUCAGUGAAGCUCUACUCAUAGAACAGUAACUCCCCAUUUCCCCAUCCUCCAACCCCUGGCAGUCACCAUUAUGCUUUCUUCUUCAAGAGAUUGACUACUUUAGAUACUUCAUGUAAGUGGAAUUAUGCAAUAUUUGUCCUUCAGCAACAAGAGUGUUUUACUUAGCAUAAUGUCCUCAAGAUUCAUCCAUGUUUUUUUGUUUGUUUUGUUUUUUUAAAGAUUUUUAAUUUAUUUAUUUGACAGAGACACAGCGAGAGAGGGAACACAAGCAGGGGGAGUGGGGGAGGGAGAAGCAGGCUUCCCGUGGAGCAGGGAGCCCGAUGCGGGGCUCGAUCCCAGGACCCUGGGAUCAUGACCUGAGCCGAAGGCAGACACUCAACAACUGAGCCACCCAGGCACCCCAAGGUUCAUCCAUGUUUUAACAUAUGACAGAAUUUCCUUUUGGGGGUGCUGAAUAGUAUUCCAUUUUAUGUAUAUACCACAUUUUCUUUGUCCAUUAAUCCACAAAUGGACAUUCAGGUUUCCACCUCUUGGCCAUUGUGACUAAUGCUGCAAUGGACAUAGGAGUGCAGAUAUUUGUGAGUACAGCUGAUCCUGUUUUCAGUUCUUUUGGAUAAAAACCUGGCAGUGGGAUUGCUGGAUCAUAAGUAGUUCUAUUUUUAAUUUUUUUGAGGAACCUCUAUACAGUUUUCCAUAGUGACUACACCAUUUUAGAUUCCCACCAACAGUGCACAGGGGCUCCAUUUUCUCCAUGUCCUUGGCUGAUACUACUUCUAUCACAGAUACACAAAUACCUAUCUUGUGUUAGCUUCAUAUUUUCUAUGAUUCUUAUAGCAAAUCCUAAACAUGUAACACAUACAUGUUAUUUUUCUAAAAAAAUUGGAUGGCCAUUUAUUUCGUCCACUGAAUAACAUAGUCUUCUGGAAAUAGUAGCCAUUGUAGGAUGUCUCUCAAAUCCUUGGUAGCUCUGCAGGGUUAAGGCUCUGCUGAUGAAGUGCUGAUUCCCAGGUAUUUUGCUGGAUGGAUGUUAAAGUUGUCUUUAGGCUGGAAUUUAGACUCUUCAUUGAAAAGCUAUUCUGCUAACCAUCAUUAAUGGAUAUAUGAACUUCACACCUUUAGUCUGUUCAUUAUUUUAUUGUCAACAUACUGUUUCUGAGGGGAGACAAUGAGUUUGGAGGUUGGAGGUCUUCCAAUUAGGAAAGACUGACAAAUAACCCAACUCUAAUAUUCACAUUUACAGUGGAGAUUUUAAAAGAAAUUUGACAUAAUGCACCUCACAAAUGGCUGCUAUUAAAGUCCAUUUUAGGCAUCAUUUUGAAUACAAGGAAACAAUUUCUUCUUUUUUUCUGAUACAUAAACACUCCAUAUGUCCAAAUGUUUGUAAGGCGUGUUAUCCUAAAGAAUUUUUUUU